AUGAACAAGACACAUGGAUGCCGUCACAUUAAGAAAUACAAAGAAGACACACCCGGUGCCUACUUGGAUCGAUACAGAGUGGUCGCAAAGGCUUCUUCCCGAUGGAAAAACCACAUUCCACCUUUAAUAGAGCUCACCGACAGGAAAAGCGAACGAGUACCGCCGACUCCACCACCAUGUGAUCUCUGUGGCGACUUCGGAAAUCGUCUUCACGGGUGCUUACAUUGCUCUUGGUUCGGGUGUUGGCCAAAACAUAUGAAGGGUCAUCUUGUUGACGAGCACGUGUUCGCUGUUGACGUGGAGAGGCUGUUUGUGUACUGCUCGCAGUGUAAAGACUACAUAUACGAUGCCGAGUUUUUGUAUAUUCGCGAGUUGGAAGACACGCACGCUCAGGAAGACGAAGCCAACGCAAAAGAACCGUGCGCAAAGAGAGCAAGAUUUGAAGAGUGGCAGCCAAGCGAAAGUGAAAUCGCUCAACUAAAGGCUCGGACCGAACAUCAUCCUUGUGCGGGAAUUCGUGGAUUGUAUAACAUAGGCUCUACUUGUUAUAUGAAUGCCGUUUUGCAAGCGCUCAUAAAUAAUCCGAUAGUUCGUGCUUAUUUUCUCGCUGACAAGCAUAACCGACAUUUAUGUGAGAUUGGGAGCCACUGUCUUUGCUGUCAGUUGGAUAUCCUCUUUCAAGAGAUGGUCUCUGGUAGUAUAGAGCCCUAUGCUCCUUGUAGCUUUCUUCACGUAAUGUGGCAGAACUUACGGAAUUCGGCCGGAUUGGAAGCAUGCUAUUUCUUAUAUCUGUUGAAUUCAUAUAGCACAAGAAACGCCGUCAUUUUAUUGACUGUACCUCCUCCGCUCUCUACAGAACGCAGCGAAUUUGAAUGCCAUUGUGUUGUUCACAAAGCUUUCGGAGGAUGGUUUGAGAAUGUUGUUGAAUGUACAUGCGGAAAUGCCAAUCGAAAACCUGAACCCAUGCAAUUUGUUCAACUACACUUACCACAAGUGCCAAAGCGAGGGAGAUCGAGAAAAAAAUCUAGUGAAAAAGCCGAACCUCUUGUAGAUUGCCUGAGAAAAUUUACAGCUGCUGAACGUAUAGAUGACUACAAAUGUGAUUUUUGCAACGCACGAGAAACUGCAACAACGCAAUUCACAAUCCGUCAACUGCCACCAGUUUUAAGCCUUGUUCUCGAGCGGUUUCAAAGAUCAGCAGGUAAGACGCAGAAGAAUGAGACACCAGUAUCAUUCGCUGAAGAGCUUGAUAUGAGGGAAUACACCAGUUGGGGGAAGGAAAGUUUAAAACAAGGGAAGCCACUUGACUGUUUGCCGGAAUUCAAAUACAACUUAUUCGCUGUUGUUACUCACGAGGGAACUUAUCAAUCUGGACAUUACAAGACAUAUACCAGAACUGCGAAUAAGUGGUACGAAUUUGACGACUCGGUUGUUACGACUUUAACUUUGGAAGAUGUGUUAAAUCUUACUACUGAGGCAUACAUGCUCUUUUACGUUAAGGAGACAUUAGAUUACAACACUCCACGCGCGCGGACACGGACACGAUAA